UCUUUAAGUAUCAAUCCGCCUUAUUUGCCUGUAACACAACAAAAACCGGCUGUUAAACAAGUAACAAGCUGCUAAAACCCUUUCCUGCAGAGUUUAAUGCCAACCUGAAUGGAACUUGUCCCUCCCCCUUUACCUUCCACUAAUGCACCUGAUCCAGUCAAACAAGGACGGUUGUAUCAGACUGUACACCCUGCAGAAAGGAUCUCCAGGGCCAGGGUAGGUGACCACUACUCUAGAUGGCUUAAAACAGCAUUAACACAUGUUCUCCAGCAGGUGGAGCUGUAGGCGUGAUGAUCCGGGUCGCGGCGCAUUGUGCUAAACUCCUUGGUAACGAGAAACGCCAAACAUGCGCCGUAUGCCGACACUGAGCCAGUUCGAGGAGAGAGUAACUUUUGGCCUGUAGUUUUAAUUACAUUGUGUCUUGCAAACAUCAUAAAAAGAUUUGACUGAGUACUUUCAUUUCAGUAAUACGUAAAUACUUCGCUUUAGAGGGACGUUGAUGGCUGGAAAGAAGAAAGAAGUCAGUUUACAGGUGUCCAUCAGUCAUGACGAGCAAUGGGGGGAGAUGCUGGCAUCAAAAGGGUUGACAGUGGUGGAUGUGUACCAGCAGUGGUGUGGACCCUGCCGUGCAGUCCUCAGCCUAUUCAGAAAAAUCAAAAACGAGCUAGGGGACGACCUGUUACACUUCGCCAUAGCAGAGGCUGACAGUAUUGAUGCAUUGGAGAAAUACAGAGGAAAGUGUGAGCCCACCUUCCUGUUCUUUGCUGGUGGGGAGCUGGUGGCUGUGCUGCGGGGGGCUAACGCUCCUCUCCUGCAGAGAAUAAUUGUGGAGGAGUUGGCCAAAGAGAAACGGGUGCUGGAGCAGGGCAUCGAGCGCAUUGUGGUAAAAGAUGAGGGAUUGGUUGAAGACGAACAGGAAGAGGAUGCUGUGGCCCAUCAAAAUGAUGAGGACAUUCUUGUGCCUGUUAACAGGUCUUUCACAGUGGCAAUCAUUAAGCCAGAUGCUGUGGCACAUGGAAAGACCAAUGAAAUCAUUAUGAAGAUUCAGGAUGCAGGCUUUGAGAUUCUGGCCCAUGAAGAGCGAACUCUCAGUGAGUCAGAAGCUCAGGAGUUUUACCACCACAAAGCAGCAGAGCCAUACUUUCAGGAGCUGGUCCAAUUCAUGUCCAGUGGUCCCUCCCAUGUUCUGGUCAUUUCUAGGCCUGAGGGUUGUGAUGAUGUCAUUCCGGCCUGGCAGGAAUUUCUAGGCCCGACGGAUGUAGAGGAGGCCAAGAGAGAGCAUCCAGAAAGUCUGCGAGCUCAGUACGGAUCAGAGACCCUUUUCAACGCUCUGCAUGGCAGCCAUGAUGGUGAGCAGGCCAGUAGGGAGCUGGCCUUCUUCUUCCCCAGCUUCAGGACGGCGGUGUCAGGCGAGCAUUCGGGCCUUGCCGGGCCGGAACCGGAGCCUGUGGAGAGGACACUGGCACUCAUCCGGCCUGACGCAGCCAGAGAAAACAGAGAGGAGAUCCUAGCGAGAAUCCAUGAGGCAGGUUUUACAGUGGCAAUGCAGAAGGAGGUGAUGCUCACAGAGGAACAGGUGCGCCAGUUCUACAGUCAGCAUCUGGAUGAGGACUAUUUCCCUGCUCUCCUCUCAAACAUGACUAGCGGUCCUGUGCUGGCUCUGGCCUUGGCAAAGCAAGGGGCUGUGGAUCACUGGCGAAACCUUCUGGGACCCAAAGACCCCACACAGGCGAAGGGGGAACAACCAGACUGCCUGCGAGCUCAGUUUGUGGGGGCGAGUGAGCGUGUGAACCAGCUGCAUGGAAGUGUGAGCUUGGAGGAGGCUGAGAAAGAGAUCAGCUUCUUCUUCCCUAAAGAGCAUACGAUGGCUGUUAUUAAACCUGACACUGCGGAGGAACACAGAGAGGACAUUCUGAGAGAGAUCCAAGCAAGAGGCUUCACCAUCUCCCAACUGCAGGAGACAGUUUUGUCCAGGGAAAUGGCAGAAGAGUUCUACAAAGAACACCGAGACAAGCCUUUUUUCGGCCAGUUAGUGGAUUACAUGUGCCGUGGUCCAUGUACAAUGCUGAUUCUGACUAAAGAGAAUGCAGUCGAAGAAUGGAGGGCCAUGAUGGGGCCUACUGACCCCAGUAAGGCAAAAGAGACAGCACCAGAGUCUCUGAGAGCACGCUUUGCUAAAGAUAUCCUGGAGAACACUGUCCAUGGUUCAUCCAAUGUACAGCAUGCACAGGAGAAAAUACAUUUUAUCUUUGGAGAGAUCAGCUCAGAGUCUGAAGUCAUAAGUGCAGAAGAUGAGGAGCCCCCUCCUUUAGAAGCAGAAGAGAGCUUUGCAGAGCUGAAGAACCUCCAGACAUCAAGAUCACCCUCAUUUAGUGAACUGAGGAACCAGACUGAGCCAAACAGUGAAGAAGCAGGAAGCCCUGCACAUUUGGACCCAGAGGCAACAAAGAGCCAGCAAGUGUCUGCUGAAUUAACCACAAACUCGUCAGAGCAAAGGGAAGCACAAGAGACGUCCACUCCCAGCAGUGGUAAUUGAGGUCUGUGUCCCACUGGCACCACUGACAUCUAGGUCUUAGAAAGAAAUCAUUAUGCCUCAAUGCUUUUUCAGUUUCCCAAAAGCACUGAGGCAUAAUGAUGAUUGUUACAUGAUAGAACAGGCAUCACUGUCCACCAUGAAACCACUACUCUUAUGCUGAGGAAACGCAGCCAUGUAUGCUUCUUGACCAAAGACUAUGUCCUGACCUUAGACCUCAUGACAGUUUGAGCAAACUCCCCACUAAAACCUUUUUUCUUUAGUCCAGGAUUAGGCUUAAGGGAGUGCUGAGCUGCAGUUAUGCCUUUUGUUUUGUUAAGUUGUUAGCUUGCUGCUGGUCCAAUGGCAAGAUAUAACCUUCCUUUUAAGUUAUAAAUUCAGUUAAUCUUUGUUAAUAUUACACUUAAGCAAUUUAGAGAAAAAUCCGUCUUUAAUACAAAAUAAAUACGAAAUAUUUCUGAAUUUUGUAUUUUAAGGGAUGACUUGUAGGCAGCCUAAAUGUUUUGAAUUGACUUCACGCUGUUAGAUUGACCACAACUAUCCCUUGAGCAGGGUGACUUAUCUGCAUAGGAGUUGAGUGUCUUUUGUGACCUGUGUGAUUCUCGUGUGUGCAUUCUUUGGUUUAAACAAACCAGAAAAUAUUAAUGUGGCUUUCUUUUUGCUAAAUAUAUAAUCGGUGAAAAAAGGUCCAUUUAUUCAGUAGCGUUUUACAUGCAUUUACUGCUUUUGCAGCAACUUUACCAACAAUAAUAAACCAACAAUGCUUUAUUAAUGAACAAUUCUCAAACAAUAUGUACAACAGUUAAGUCAUAGCCAUGUGUUCCUUAUUCAUGAUAUUA